AUGCGUGCGGCGCCAGCUGCUCCAGGUCGUGCCCUUGUUUCCGUGCACAACGACCUUACUGAUAUGCUUUGUGAUAUUCGCCGACAAUUAGAUGAGGCGCGCCAACGCUUGGCAGACAUCCGGGCUCACCUUUUGGGGCACGUUGGCUGGCGUGGUAUGGCCCCUGACGAAAAGAUUGUCUACCCAGAGCACGGUGAUAUACGCGCUUUCAUUCGUGAUCAUUCCUUUGGCAAUGGGCCCGACACCGCUCAACUCCUGCUGCCGGACCUCGGCGACACAGCCUAUAUCUCGCAUUCCAUGUCGAUGGCCCAGCUGCAGUUUCUCUUCCGCGAUGUCCUGGAUCGACAGCUUCGCCAUUUGCUGCCAGCCAAGAGCGAGGAAGUGACGCUAAUGGACAUUGGCUCGCGUCUUGGUGCUGUUCUGUAUGCGGGCUACUUCAUGACAGACUUUGGGCACCUGGUUGGCGUUGAAAUGGAAGACUACUUUUGCGGGCUGCAGCGCGAUGUCAUCAAGCGCUUCAAACUUCGCCCCCGUGUUGAACUGCUAGAGGAGUUGGACCUCGACACCUGGGUAGAACCCAUCGAGGUGGAAUUCCCCCAGGCGCUGGAUGAAGACAGCUCAGAUCACCAUGGUUCGGACGACGACGACGAUGACGACGAGUUUGUUGAAGAGGCCAGCUCCCUUCACUUCUAUCGUGUCUUAGGCUAA